CUCGAGUCCGACACGCAUCGCGUCGACACCAUUUUGGAUCGGGUCGAGACCGACUGGUAGCUUCCGUUCUUUAUCUACUGGCCCUUUGCCCCCCUUACCGUCUAUCAAUCUUCUUCCCCAGAAUAACCGUUCAUUCCACCCCUCUCCCUCUCUCUCUAGCGAAUCAAUCUGCCCGAAGAAGGGAGCCAAGAUGAGCUGGUGGUGGGCCGGAGCUAUUGGCGCCGCAAAGAAGAGGAUCGAUGAGGAGGAAGCGCCCAAGGGCUUCCAGAGCGUGGGGCUGAUCCUGGGGGUCACCGGGAUCGUGGGCAACAGCCUGGCCGAGAUCCUGCCGCUCGCCGACACCCCCGGCGGGCCCUGGAAGGUCUACGGCGUGGCCCGCCGCCCCCGCCCGGCGUGGAACGCCGACCACCCCAUCGAGUACAUCCAGUGCGACCUCGCCGACGAGGCGGACGCCCAGGCCAAGCUCUCCCCCCUCACCGACGUCACCCACGUGUUCUACGUCACCUGGGCCAACCUCUCGUCGGAGGAGGAGAACUGCCGCGUCAACGGCGCCAUGUUCCGGAACGCCCUCCAGGCGCUCGUCCCCAACGCCCCCAACCUCCGCCACGUCUGCCUCCAGACGGGGACCAAGCACUACCUCGGCCCCUUCGAGGCCUACGGCAAGGUCACCCCGCACGACCCGCCGUUCACGGAGGACCUCCCCCGGCUCGACGCCCCCAACUUCUAUUACACUCUGGAGGACAUUCUCUUCGAGGAGACCGCGAAGAAGGACGACGUCUCCUGGUCCGUCCACCGCCCUCCCGUCAUCUUCGGCUUCUCCCCCUACAGCCUCAUGAACAUCAUCGGCUCCCUCUGCGCCUACGCCGCCAUCUGCAAGCACGAGGGCGUCCCGCUCAUGUUCCCGGGGACCAAGGAGGCCUGGGACUGCUACUCCGCCGCGGGCGACGCCGACCUCAUCGCCGAGCAGCAUAUCUGGGCGGCAGUCGACCCCUACGCCCGGAACGAGGCCUUCAACUGCAGCAACGGCGACGUGUUCAAGUGGAAGCACUUCUGGAAGGUGCUGGCGGAGCAGUUCGGGAUCGAGGAGUACGGGUUCGACGAGGGCGGGCCGCGGCUUCGGCUGACGGAGGCGAUGAAGGGGAAGGAGAAGGUGUGGGAGGAGAUCGUGAGGGAGAACCAACUGCAGGAGACCAAGCUGGAGGAAGUCGGGCUGUGGUGGUUCGUAGACUUGAUGUUCGACGGGCCGGCGUUGCUGGACAGCAUGAACAAGAGUAAGGAGCACGGCUUCCUCGGGUUCAGGAACUCCAAGAACUCCUUCCUGUCCUGGAUCGACAAGGUGAAGGGUUACAAGAUCGUGCCCGGAAAUUGAAGUGAUGAUAUCGAUAACGUUUGUGUUGUAGUGAAGUGAAUUCCUGAUUUGUUCCUUGUUUUUUUGGGUACUCUUAUUGAAGAUUGUAUCUGUGGACAGAUUGUGCCGGGGUCAGACGAUGUUCCGAAGUAAGGUCUAAUAAAUUGAAGCUGAAGCUAUGCAUUUUCCUGUAUUGACUUUG